AUGGGCCGGGGCCGGGGCCGGAGCGGGAGGGGGCGGCGCGCGGCGCGGGACGAGGCGAUUCAGGGCACUAACGAUAGCAGUAUUGUCAGUAAAUGCUCCACCGCUGCUCUUGGCUACAUCCAGGAUGGCUUCCUACAGUACUUCGUUACCAAGAGAUGCAGACGAGCGCCGCUGAUUCAUUGGGGUUACUAUGUCCGGGCCCGAGCUGUGGAUCAUUGUGUGCGAGAGUUUCUGCGACAGAGUCAAGGCCACCCCAGGAGACAGAUCCUUUCUUUUGGUGCUGGCUUUGACUCCCUGUAUUUCCGCCUCAAGGCUGUGGGUCUUCUGAGUUGCACUGUGGUGUAUGAGGUAGAUUUCCCAAGUGUAGCAAGCCGAAAAGCUGCUCUGAUCAAGGGUACGAAGGACCUGGCCAUGGUCGUGGGAGGAGUUGCAGGGAGAGAAUCAGGAGCCAUGAGCUUUGCUGUGGAGGAUUAUAAAUUGCUGGGAGUGGAUUUAUCUGAGCUGUCUAAGCUGGAACAAGCCCUAAAGGAGGCAGGCCUGGACCCUGAGGUUCCCACCAUGCUUUUAGCAGAAGUGGUGCUCACUUACAUGGAGAUCAGCAGGUCGGAUGCUUUGAUCCAGUGGGCAGCUCAGCAUUUCCCCUGUGCACAGUUUGUGGUCUAUGAGCAGAUGCACCCCGAGGACCCCUUUGGUCGCAUCAUGCAGCAGCACUUCAGCCGGCUGAAUUCUGUGCUGCAUGCCCUGGCCCAGUAUCCCGAUUGUGAGGCGCAGAGGAGACGCUUUCUCCAGCGGGGCUGGGCCAAGUGCAGCGUCCUUGAUAUGAAUGAGUUCUACGCCAGCUUUAUCCCCGAAGAUGAGCGACGGAGAGUGCAGGCUCUGGAGCCCUUUGAUGAAUAUGAGGAAUGGCACCUGAAAUGUUCACAUUACUUUAUCCUGGCUGCAUCGAAGGGGGAAGAGCUUACCUGGACUCCUCUAUUCUCCAAGAUGCCAGCUUUCUCUGCUGAUGACCCUCCUAGAGUUGCUGGUAGCAUCUCUGCAUCUGUGUGCACAAUAGACUGUGAAAUUGCUGGCCUGAGGCGGUAUGGCCACCACUCUGUACUUAUCAAACCACAUGUGGUCCUCACUACUGGAGGCUUCGGAGAGCAGGAUGGACGACACUGCCGCCUAAGAGAUUUCCAUGUCCUAGUCAGACACGAGGACAACUGGCGUGUUGGAAGCGUGAGAAUGGAAAAGUCUGGUAACACUUGGGGUGGACGGUUGUUCCAUACUGUGACAUGUGUUUCUGGGAGCCAGGCCCUGGCAGUGGGAGGGCGAAUGUCCCCAACGAAUGCAGAUUUGGGGAUCUUUUGGCUAAGGUUUCCUGAAUCCAUGACUGCUUCAGAUCCAGAUUGUGUUGUGGUGGAACUUGUGAGCCCACAGCCUGCUGAGGACCUAGCUUCAUCGCGCUGGAGACAUACUACAACCAAAGUGACGUGCCAAGGUAAAAGGGCCUAAAAGAGAAUUUCCUCAGUCAGUGAGGGAAGAAUGCUUAGUUAUGACAGGGAGAUGGGCUGUACAAGUACCUGAGGAUAUAGAAAUCCCCAGACACAGGGGACAGCCUUGUCCUAUUCAUAGAUUUUGAGGCCAGAAGGAAUAAUUAUGGUAAUUUUGUGUGACAUGUAUAAUGCAGGCCAUAUAAUUUCAUCUAGUGAAUGUCACCAAGAUGCAGAUUCCUCCAUCUCCCAAAAUAACUAUCAGUUGAACUAGACCAUAUGUCAUAAACAGAGCUAAGGGUAGCAUGAAACCCCUCUUUACCCUGUAAAGGGUUAAUUCCUCUUUUACUUGUAAAGGGUUAAGAAGCUCAGAUAAUCCGGGUGGCACAUGACCAAAAGGACCAAUAAGGGGAGAAGAUACUUUCAAAUCUGUGUGGGAAGGUUUUGGUCUGUGUCUCUCAGAGCCAGCCAAGAAACCAGGACAGGAAAAUUAUAUCUCCUUAAGCAUAUCUAAACUAAGCAUCUAGUCUGGCAGAAAUAGUAAGUAAUAUCAGAAAAGGAAUGUGUUGGAUUACCUUUUGUUUUAGCUUGUGAAUUUUCCCUGUGCUAAGAGGAGGUUUAUCCCUGCUUUUGUAACUUUACGGUUUUGCCUAGAGGGGAAAUCCUCUGUGUUCUUGAGUCUUUUGUUAUUCUGUAAAGUACUUACCAUC